AUGAUCAUGGAAACCUUGAACCCGGUGCAGUACAACAUCUCCCGCGUGGUGUCCGACACAAUGCCUGCAGCCACCGUGCCCCUCCUGCUCAUCGUGGGCUUCCUCUUCCUCGUUUGGACUUACGAAGAAACCUCCUCAAUCCCAGGGCCUGGAUACUGUAUGGGAAUUGGGCCCCUUAUUUCUCACGGGAGAUUCCUCUGGAUGGGACUGGGCAGUGCCUGCAAUUACUACAACAAGAUGUACGGUGAAUUCAUGAGAGUCUGGAUCAGCGGCGAAGAGACCCUCAUUAUUAGCAAAUCUUCAAGUAUGUUUCACAUCAUGAAACACGGACACUACAUCUCCAGGUUCGGAAGCAAGCUUGGCCUGCAGUGCAUUGGCAUGCAUGAAAAUGGAAUCAUAUUUAAUAAUAACCCCGCUCUCUGGAAAGAAAUUCGGCCCUUUUUUACCAAGGCCCUGUCAGGUCCAGGCCUUGUGCGGAUGAUAAAAAUUUGCACCGAGUCAACAAUUGAACACCUGAACCGGAUGCAGGAAAUGACCACCAAGCACAGCUACAUGGCCAGCCUGAAUCUUAUGAGGUGCAUCAUGCUGGACACGUCCAACAAACUGUUCCUUGGGAUUCCUCUUGAUGAACAUGCCAUCGUGGUUAAAAUUCAGAGCUACUUUGAUGCUUGGCAAGCACUGCUGCUGAAACCAGACAUCUUCUUUAAGAUCUCGUGGUUGUACAAGAAGUACGAGAAAUCCGCGAAGGACCUGAAAAAAGUAAUUGAACUCUUAUUAGAGCAGAAACGACAAAAGCUUUCCAGGAUGGAGACACUUGAGGAGCACAUGGAUUUUGCAUCACAGCUGAUUUUCGCACAGAGCCGCGGGGAACUAACUGGUGAGAAUGUAAACCAGUGCGUCCUGGAGAUGCUGAUCGCUGCUCCUGAUACUCUCUCAGUCACAGUAUUCUUCAUGCUAGUGCUGAUUGCAGAACAUCCUCAAGUGGAGAAGGCCAUGAUGAAGGAAAUACAGACUGUGAUGGGUGACCGAGAUAUCCAAAAUGGUGACUUGCCGAAGCUAAAAGUGGUUGAGAAUUUUAUUCUUGAGAGCAUGAGGUAUCAGCCCGUUGUGGACUUGGUCAUGCGUAAGGCCUUGCAAGAUGAUGUCAUUGAUGGCUACCCUGUGAAGAAAGGAACCAACAUCAUUCUCAACAUCGGGCGCAUGCAUAGACUCGAGUUCUUCCCAAAACCAAAUGAAUUCUCCCUUGACAACUUUGAGAAAAGCGUCCCCCACCGUUACUUUCAGCCAUUUGGAUUUGGUCCCCGUGGCUGUGCUGGGAAGUUCAUUGCCAUGGUCAUGAUGAAAUCAAUCCUGGUGACUCUCCUGAAGAGGUGGCACAUCCAGACUCUACAAGGCAAAGGCCUUGAUGACAUUCCGAAAAGCAAUGACUUGUCUUUGCAUCCAAAUGAAACGCAGCCGCUGCUGGAGAUCCUCUUCAUUCCGAGAAGUAACCUUGGGAAAAGUUGUCACGAUGAAUAA